CUGGGGUUCACCCAGCGUUAGCUUGCUCCUCCGGUGGUGUUUUGGUCCAGUUGGCGCUGCUCCUCACUCGCCAAGAUGACAGCGAGGAAGUCUGGUUCACGACUGGAGAUAGAGAUAGAGCGAUGCCGCUCGGAGGCCCAGUGGGACAAGAUUCCAGAGUUGGUGCGACAGCUCUCGGCUAAGCUGAUAUCAAACGAUGACCUGGGCGAGCUGCUGUUGGGUGAAUGUAAGCUGCAGACGUACCUGAAGGAGAAUCCCAUCAAGCAAGGUACAAGUCCCAGGGUCCAACGGCCAAAACUGCUGGAGGUCAGGAAGCAUCUCACUGCUGCUCUGGACAGAGGAAACCUGAAGCCGGAUUACAUCCAGGAAGCUAGCCUGUUAAUGGCCAAACUGUGCUAUGUGGAGGGAGAAUACAAAGAUGCUUUAGGGCACUACAGCAAGGUGAACCUGGACGACAUGCAGCUGGCUGGAGCUCCUGUGUACAGGCUGUCUAUGAUAGCAGAGUCUUAUGCGACUAAAGGUUUGUGCCUAGAGAAAGUCCCAGCUGCUUCACCGUCUCUAUCCAAUAAGAACGCCGGGUCUCCGGCGUCCAACAGGAGCAUGACCGAGCGGGAGCAGGAGAUCAUCACCUGCUACGAAAAGUCUGGAGACAUUGCUUUGCUCUAUCUGCAGGAGGCCGAGAAGGCGUUGUCAGCAGGGAUUCAGAACCGCAGUCCAAAGCCUGGUCCGACAGCUCAGGACCAGGAGCUGGGCUACUUCCUAGAGACGGGCCUUCAGAGAGCCCAUGUCAUCCACUUCAAGAAUGGCAACCUGACACAAGGUGUGGGCAGGUUUCGAGAGAUUCUUCGGGCUAUUGAGACCAGAACCACCCAGAACCUACGAAUGACCAUAGCCAGACAGCUUGCAGAGAUCUUGCUCAGAGGAAUGUGCGAACAGAGUUACUGGUCUCCUCUUGAAGACCCACCCGUUGUGUCGCCCCUGGACGAUCCGACACGCCAAGGACACACUCAUAGCAAGAGCUACAGCCUAAGCCGACGCCCACGAGUGUACUCGGGAGAGAAUCUGUUUUGCCCUCAGGAGAACACAGAAGAAGCAUUGCUGCUGCUGCUCAUCAGUGAAUCCAUGGCCAACCGUGAUGCCGUCCUAAGCAGAAUUCCUGAACACAACAACGAUCGGAUCAUCAGUCUGCAGUCGGCCUCGGUGGUGUAUGACCUGCUGACCAUAGCUUUGGGCAGGAGAGGGCAGUAUGAGAUGUUGUCAGAGUGUUUGGAGAGAGCCAUGAAGUUCGCCUUUGAGGAGUUCCACUUGUGGUAUCAGCUCGCCUUGUCGCUGAUGGCAGCAGGCAAAUCAGCUCGUGCCGUUAAGGUUCUCAAGGAGUGUAUCCGCCUGAAGCCCGAUGACCCCACCAUCCCGCUGCUGGCCGUAAAGCUGUGCAUCGGACCUCUCCACUGGCUGGAUGAAGGAGAGUGCUUUGCAAAGAUGGUGAUUGACAUGGGAGAGAAAGCAGCUGAAUUCAGAGCCAAAGGCUACUUGGCUAUAGGUUUGGUUUACAGCCUCAAAGCCACUGAUGCGUCAUUGCGGAGCACACAGGAGGAAUACCAGAGGAAAGCUUUGGGAGCCUUCCAGAGAGCUCAGAGUCUGUCUCCAACUGACCAUUUGGCAGCCUUCUACUUGGCGCUGCAGCUUGCCGUGUCCAGACAGAUCCCCGAGGCGCUAGGCUAUGUUCGGCAGGCACUGCAGCUUCAAGGAGAUGACGUCCACUCCCUUCACCUGCUGGCCCUGCUUCUCUCUGCCCAGAAACACUACCACGAUGCUCUCAAUAUCAUAGAGAUGGCUCUCUCCGAGUACCCUGAAAACUUCAAUCUGUUGUAUACCAAGGUGAAGCUGGAGGCUAUGUGUAGAGGACCCGAAGAAGCUCUGCUCACCUGUAAACACAUGCUGCAGAUCUGGAAGAGCUUUUACAACCUUACCAACCCCAGUCUGUGGAGUGACUUCUUUGGGAAGAACUUGGGAAUUUUCUGCAAAUAUCCAAAGGAUGUGGCAUUUACGCCCGCUCCUGAGUGCCGCUCCCAGUGCCAACAUGAUUCGGGGCGUGGCAGCAGUCUGUUGGAUAGAGCCAUAGCAGACAGGCGACAGCUCAACGCUAUGACCCUGCCUGACUUCAGUGACCCUGAGACUGUCUCAGGUUCUUCCUCUUCGCUCUCUGGUUUCGAACCAGUCUCCCCUACUUCCCCCUCCACCAUGUCCACCGUCUCCUCCCCGCUGUCUUCCCCUUCUUCCCCUGUCUUCAUCUUCCAGCCUCCCCGUACUCCUCUGCCUCCACUCCAAAAACCAUCUUUCCGCUCUCCUCUUCCUUCCCUUCCCCCUGCCCUUCCUCCUCCUCCUCCACCUCCACGCACAAAGACCAGGACUCACUCCUUCUGCAACCACGCCAUAGUCCGCCAGCUGUCCUCCAACUGCGGCCUUCAGGACGCUAACACACUUGGUUUUUCCUCCAUGUUUUCUGUUUGUUCGGUGCACGCUACCUCCAUAGCAGCCAGUCGUGUGGAGCAGGCUCUAUCCGAAGUCGCCUCCUCUUUGCAGAGCAGUGCCCCCAAACAUGGACCCCUGCACCCCUGGAUGACCCUGGCUCAGAUCUGGCUCCAUGCAGCUGAGGUGUACAUCGGCAUGUCAAAACCUGCUGAGGCCACGGCUUGCACGCAGGAAGCCGCCAACCUCUUCCCCACGUCCCACAACGUCCUCUACAUGAGGGGGCAGAUAGCCGAGCUGAGGGGCAACAUGGACGAAGCCAAGCGCUGGUACGAGGAAGCCCUGUCCAUCAACCCGACUCAUGUCAAGACCAUGCAGAGACUGGGUCUGAUCCUGCACCAGCUGCAGCGUUACAGUCUUUCGGAAAAGGUGCUGAGAGACGCCGUGCAGGUGAACAGCACGGCUCACGAUGUGUGGAACAGUCUUGGCGAGGUGUUGCAGGCUCAGGGAAACACCGCCGCCGCCACUGAGUGUUUUCUCACCGCCUUGGAGCUGGAAGCCAGCAGCCCCAUCCUGCCCUUCACCAUCAUUCCCAGAGCGCUAUGAGAAAAACACAACACAGAGCAUGCCUGCAUGCCACUUCACAAACACACACACACACGCACAGACCUGUGAAAAGGUGUACUGCCAAACCCUCACACACACAUAAACUCAGAGUGUAUAUAGAAAUGCAAAGAGUACAAAUAAACAGGCUUCCCUCUGUCUACCCGUGCUUCCCACAAUGCCUUUCUUGUGGCCACGUCUACGUGAGUGUGCGUGUCUCCUUCCCGCGCUGCGUGUUGUCUCCUUCGUCAGAUUCCGUUCAAAUCAUUAUUCUCAGAAGCCUGAAAGUUGUGUUUACAUGUUGUUUAGUCCAAAUACACACACACACACUCUGAGCAGUUUUAACAUAAAUGGAUUAGAUUUCCUUUAAAAGCCAAAUAUGCAUUUACUUGGUACUGUUCACAUCGAUGCAGCAGAAAACACUCUUUCAAAAGUGGAUGCAAGCGCCAAAACCUGUCCGUCCCACUCCCUUCCUGUUUUUUUUGUUGUUGUGUUUUUUUCUUAUGAUGAUUUACGGAGUUCAGCAAGGUGAGAGAGCACCAUACAAUUUAGAGCCACCAGUGGACCCUGUUUUCAGUGGGUUCAUGUCUUCAUUUUUAAUCCCUCUCCCUGCCCUGCAUCUUUUCUGCUUUCUGAUAAUUCAUCAGAUAAAACUCUGUGUAGUCUCUGUGUUCUGCCCCCACCUGGUUUAGUCAGUGAUAAAUAUUGCUGUAUGUAUAUGCUUGUGUUUUUUUGUUUGUUUGUUUGUUUUUUAACACUACAAAAACUCAAUCCCAUUUUAUAUGCACGCACAAACACUAUAGAUCAGCAGCAGAUCGAGCUGGGGGUCAAACCACUGAGUAUUGCCUUCACUGUACUGUAGCCCUGCACCCGUGUUAGCAUUGUUAAAAUUUGAAGACAGGAACCCACUGUAGUAAAUUCAGACUUCUGAGUGGUCAAUGGUGUUUGACUCGACACUAAGAUCAUUUUCCAAAAGUAUCUGUGCCACUUUUUGGUGCUUGUAUCCACUCAGGAAAGAUGCUCGUGUAAUGUUAUCUGCAUCUGCAUGGAGGGGGAUCGUUGUUACUGUAUACCUGGCUCAGGAUCAGCCAGGUCUUUAAGGUAUCCAGCGGAGCAUCGACGGACUUUCACUGAGAAAUAAAUCGGUGUAAAUGCCAAACCUCGGGUUGCAUUCGCCCUCACGGGAAAUCUGAUUUCCUGCAGCUGAUUUUAAAGUGGUUUUGUGAAGUUUUUAAGUGAAAAAAAUCAAAGUGCCACCUGGAGCAACUCAAACGGCAGCAACGUAUAAUCUGCGGGAAACUGUUGGAAUCUGUGCCACAUCUUUCCUCCAGAAAUCAGAUUUUCUUGUUGAGCGCAAAUGCACCCGCAGUGAUUGUGUUGUCUUUGUGUCCCAUCACCAGAUUAAUAUUUUUAUUUCGUUUUUGAUUAUAAAUACAAAGAAUUAUUGCUGUAUAUUUCAUUGUUCCACUAGUGUAUUAUUAUUUUAGAGAGUAAAUUAUAACUAUUUUCUGGAGAAUGAUGUUGCUUAGAGAGAGUGAGGUAUGAAAGGACAUCCUCCUGAGCUCAGGCAGUGAGUCCUUUGUGCUGUAAAUGAAUGAUUAUGAAGACCAAGAUAAUAAAAGUGGAUAAAAAGAA